AUGUCGCUGGCGAACAUGUCGAAAGCAUUGAAAUGUGCCAACAAUGAUGACACGUGUAUGAUCAAGUAUGAGGAAGGCGACAGCGACAGUAUUACGUUCACAUUCGCUGACACAAAGAGGGACAAAACGCAGGACGUCACAGUUAAAAUGAUGGAUAUCGACAGCGAGCAUCUGGGUAUUCCCGAGCAAGACUAUGCUGUUGUGUGCGAAAUGCCUGCCUCGGAAUUCCAGAAGACGUGCAAAGAUUUGACCAUGUUCACUGAUACACUCAACGUUACAGCCACCAAGGCUGGUAUUGUAUUCUCUGGAAAGGGUGAUAAUGGUCAGUCGGUGAUCACCUAUUCACCGAAUAGCAGCGCUGACAGCGAAGAUGAUGCUGUAACGCUGGAGGUGACAGAUCCUGUCAAUGUGAACUUCUCAAUCAAAUACAUGAACCAGUUCACGAAAGCUUCCUCACUGUCCAAGCCGUGUGCGUAUAUCACUGAGCAACGACGUACCCAUAGUUGUUGA